AUGGCGUCCGCCCUUGCCCAAAUCUUUAUCACUGAGGUCCUCGGAUAUCAUGCGGUGAUCGUUCCAGAGAGAGUGCUCACUAGUAUCUUCUCCUUCCCUGUCUUGGCCGGUUGCUCCGACUGGGAAUGCACUGAAGCCACUGCUCGCAGCCAUGUGGCUUUGGAUGUCUGGGUCACCGGAAAGAAUGCAGAGUUGCAAGAUUUCGAGGAGCAGAACCCCAGUCGCAGCCCGGAGGACCUGGGCUCCAUCGGUUACGCCGGCCACAACGCUUUGUGCUUGAGUGGGGCCGUGCGGGAUGCGGCCUAUGGAGCUAUCGGCUUGGCCUUGGAGUUCUACAAGAGCUAUAACCUGUCCUAUCAUCAGGCUAACUCUUUCUUCGAUCCGCUCUCUGAGCUGAAGCUGGAAGAUUUCCUGCCCUGCAACACCAGCUUCACGAGAUGGACGCGGCAAGUGCAACUGGAGGCUUACCUUCACUGGACUGGCGACGUAGGAGGCGUGACAAACUCCAGCGGAUCCCUGCAAGCUCAUUGCCCGGACGGCCAUUUCUGGCUUUCGCCUGCUUGUCGGCAUGAUCUCGUGAAAUGCAUUCCAGUGGUAACUGCCGGUGAUGGCUGGUCAGUUCAAGUAAUGAUGCAGUGGGCCUUUUUCCAUGGUAUGCCCGUGGCCGUUGGGAUAGCCAGGGACUUCGAUCUUUACGCAGCAUACGCCGCGCAGUCUCGCUCGCUUUUCUAUUGCUGGCUCCCGGACGCUACGCAUGUUCACAUUGACCCUUCCUUGCUACAAUUCCCACGCCAUGAGCCCAGUGAGUGGGAAGCCUCUUACUACAGGACUUCCGAUGCAGAAAGCCGCAUCGCCAAGAUAGUGUCAAGAGACCUUAGAUCUAAAGCACCCAGAGUUGUGAAGUUCCUCGAGAACUUCGAGUUGGACCUAUCAGGAAUGCAGGACCUCCUCUCUGCUGCGACUAACAGCUCGGUGGAGCAAGUUGCUUGCGAAUGGGUGAGGUCUCAGCGAGGCCGAUGGCAGCAGUGGGUCCCCGUCGAGACGCAGUGCGUGCCGGGCUACGGCUUGGCCACGGAUGCAUCCGGGCUCAGCGCGCACGUGGAUAACCGAUCUGAGGCUGCGGGGUGCAGCAUAUGCACGGCCGGCAAGGUCUCAGAGCAGUUCUCCGAUGAGCAUGGAGCAACCUACCGCUGUGUCCCUUGUAGCCUGGGUACGGCACAGAGCGCGCUCGGCCAGACACUUUGCACUCCAUGUGAAGUUGGGACCUAUGCCGACCAACGGGGGAGGGCCCACUGCCGUCGCUGUGAGCUGGGACGCUACGCAAAUGUCACAGGAGCAUCCGACUGCGAUGCAUGUGGGGGUGGCAAUCGCUCGACCACCAGCCGACUCGUAUCGGCUGAGUCAGGGUUUAAGUGGAUCGAGGUGGAUGGUGCUGCCACGAGGAGUUUUUGCGGCUGUGUGCCGGGGUGGUUUUUGAGCUCUGACGGACUCUGCAUGCCUUGCAUCCGUGGCUCGAGCUGCCCAGGAUCAAGUCAGAUGGAGCUGCUGCCCGGAUACUUUGCCUUGGAGCCAGGGAAUGUAUUUCAAUGUUUCGGUGACGCCUCCCGGUGCCCAGGUGGUGUGCUGGGAACCUGCGCCGACGGCCGGGAUGGAAAUUCUGUGACCUGCUAUGAUUGCCUUCCUGGCCUUCAACCAGACAGAGAUGGUACCUGCAGGCCUUGCACCGGCACGUCCUACGUUGUGAUACUGUUUGCGGCAUGUGCAGUGGUGGUUCUCAUUGCCGCCCUUUACGUCUCACUGAACAUGGAUGUUGACCGGACAACGCAAGAGGCCCACCUAUCUCUCUUUGUGCUGGCUAUGCGACAGUUCCUCACAGUGGCACAGCAGCUUGCGGUAAUCAACAAGUUUGGGAUCGCAUGGGAGGAGCCAGUAGAUCGUAUCCUGCGCUCCUUCGAGUUCAUGGGUCUGAACUUGGACAUGCUUGCUAUCUCGUGCCUUUCUCGCAUGAGCCCAGUGACCAAGUAUGCCUUGCGCACCUGCGCUGCCCCCAUCUCCGCUUUCGUGGCUUUGCUGGUGCACCUCGUGGCCCUCGCCAUCAGGAAUCGAGGUGAGAACAGCACCCGCUGCGAGCUGAGAUUGAGCCGACUGCUCCGCACAGUGGGCUCGGUCUGCAAGAUCUUCUUCAUUGCCAUCCUAUCUUCUAUUCUCGCGCCCUUCCAGUGCAACGAACAUCCCAAUGGCAUGUUCACGGUGCAGGAGUACCACUCCGUUUUCUGUAAUAGCCGAGGCCCGCAUCUAACCAUGAGCAUCGUAGGCGCUGUGGCCUCCCUAAUGCCCCUCAGCUUCCUCGUGCUUUGCAUGUGGAUGACAUGGAUCGAGCUUCCGAAGCGCCUCGUCCGCGCAGAUGCGACCUAUUUCCGAGCGUGUGCCUUUUUGUGGUCGCGUUUCCGGCCCGGAGCCGAAGCUUACUCUGUCCUGUACCUCGUGAGGAACGGGCUGCUUGCUGUGGUGCCAGUAUUGCCAUCGGUAUCUGCCCAGAUCGUGACAAUGAACUUGAUUCUCUACUGCAGCUCGCUCGUUGUUUCCUUCGUUCAGCCCUGGUGCUCGAAGGCUGGCAAUCUGCUGGAUGUCAUGCUGCACAUCGGCCUGUUGGUGGUGCUGGACAUGGCUUCUGCUUUCGCCCGGUUCGAAGACAGCGCCACAUCAGUGGCCAUUUCUUUGAUCUUCCUUCUGCACAUGUUCUUGGCGAUUGUCAUCGCAGCGGCCUACGGCAUUCUGCUGCAUGUUGCACGCCGGCGCCGCAAGCCAUGGCGUUUCUUCCUCAGCCACCAGAAGAGCACCACUGGAUCGUUUGCGAGGUUGCUGAAGACCCAGCUUCUGAAAAGAAGCUCCCGCUUUACAACCUUCAUGGACACAGACGACCUCCGCGAUCUCACAGAGCUUUUUGGCUACGUUCGAGGCACGCAGACUUUUGUGAUUCUCGCAAGCCCUGGGAUCUUGCAGAGGAGAUGGUGCAUCGGCGAGGCCGUUACGGCCAAGCUGUCGAAGAUCCCCACAGUCAUGGUGAGAUGGCCCGGUUUCCAAGAUCCAGAUGAGCACUUUAGGGAGAACUUAUCCUUUGCUAUUCCUGGCAUUGAAAUCUUGGCUAGUUACAGUCUCUCCCUCGAGGAUGUUUCUGAGACCCUGACAUGGAUAAGCACCGUGGAGUCCUUGGCCAUGCCGACCAUGCUGAAUUUGCAGACCAUCGGUCGUCUUUGCGACUCCUUGACCGGAGCCGUCUCACCACGUUUGAUUUCUGAGGAAGCCCGCUCGCCUGACUGCGUUCUGCUGGUGGAUCCUGACAAUCUGGAAGCAGUGGCCACGGCCUAUGUUCUCUACGAACUUCUGCUCCCCUUCUUGAACACAGCGCUUCGGUGUUCUUUGCCUUAUGUGCUCAAAAAGGGCCAGGGUGUUCCUGUCAGCACCUCGACAGCACUUCUGAUUUGUUCCACGGGGUGCUUGCAUUCCUUCCAUAUGUCCAACUGGAUUCUGGACGCUGUGGAACUGGAUUGCGGUGUAAUCCCUGUCAUUGCAGAGCCGGGCUUCGUGGUACCAGUGGAUUUCAAGUGGCCAGACGACGGUGACAGGAUCCUUGACUACGCUGAGGUUGUGCAGGCGAUCUUCAAAGGGAUUGCAACGGUGUUCGCCCCUCAGCUGUACUCCAGCACACAGGAGGACUUGCAGCUUCGCGCAAAGCAAAUUGCCUACCGCCCGCAGUCGAAGAUGCCAAAGCUCGGAUCUCGGCUCACUCCGACCCUGAGGUUGGAGGACACUGGGACUCGAAACCCUCUGGACUUUGAGCAGCUUGGGUCCGUCGGGACUGCAUCGGGAAAUCUGCCACAGGCUGACGGAGCACAGUUGCAUCCCGUGGGACUGGAUGAAGAUGAAGAAGAAGCUUCUCUGCCAGUUGACAAGAUCAUGUCUAUGUAG